CUAUAUAAUACUGCUGCUUGCACUUUUCAAAAUUACAGAGUGACUAUCGAAGAUAUUAUUUCAUUUUACGUUCAGAGAAGAAGAUACUGCACUUUCAUCAUGAGUGACCCAUGCAACUGCUUUAUAACCGGAGAAUGCGUUUGCGAUGCCGACUGCGACUGUUCCAAAUGCAAGUGCGGUGACAGCUGUAAAUGCAAUCCGUCCAAGUGUGGAUGCAAGGAGGUCUGCAAGUGUGGAGACCCCUGCAAGUGCGGUGCCGGAUGCACGGGGCCCGAUUCAUGCACGUGCGAUAGCAGCUGCUCGUGCAAGUGAAGGGAUGUCGUCACCCAGUUACAGCGGCGAACGUCCACACUGAGCAUAACGUCAUUUGUUGACAUACCACGUUACACACUCCGUCGCUGUAAAUCUUCAGAUUUUCGCUGGUGGUUGAAUAAUUUUCACAAAGAGACUAUAUGAUGGCAUUUUCCUGAAUUGUUCAGUAUUAUUUUCGAAGUGUUAGCUUACUUAUAUGCGUUAUUUUACUGCUUAAUAAAUAUCCAAGAAUGAUUUUAAAUAUAAACGCGUCCGGGGAAUUAUGUGACAUGCUUUUCUAUUAUUUAACGAAAAUGUUUUUGAAAAAAAUGUUAAAAACUUGGACAAUUAUUGUCUGUCUGAUCCUGAAACUUUGUGACUCAUUGUUCAACAUUUGCAUUUAAAAUGUUUUAUUAACAUCGUUAUUUUGCUGCUCACUUGUAAAUACAUUUAUACGAAUUUGAAUU